AUGAUGAAGCUAUCGACGCUAUUGUUUGCGCUCAGUGCUGGUAUUGCAAACGCAGAAUACUCUGGUGAUAUUGUGCAGUACUGGGUCGACCAAUCCGGCCUUCUCUCAAACAACUCCUUGAUCGGCGGUCUUCAAUCCCCACCUUCUGGCUGGUUCGAAGCUGUCGUUCAGGCAGCUAUCUACGUUACCGCCGUCCAGACCAAGAACGAAUCACUUGCUUUUCAACAACUCGCUGUGUCGCACGCUGCGCACGACAGCCUCACCUGGACAUUCCAUGGCACGCGCAACUAUGGGAACAUCUUCAAGUCAGCACAAGACAUCUUGGUCAAGAUCAAUAUCAGUGAAAGUGACGAUCGUUACUGGCGCGCGGCAGCUAUUGGACGGAAAGCAGCUAUCAAGGUCACAAACGCGCGACAAGACGACAAACUGAACAAUUUCGUCAACUAUGUAUACAAUCCAGCAACUCCAGGUGUCUAUCAAAGAACCCCAGGCUCAGCUUUUGUUGCUCCCGACACACCACAAGCACGCUACCUGCGUACAUUCAGCGGACUCGGCGACAUCACGCGCUUCCGUGCACCUCCACCACCAGCCUGGAACUCCUCCGAGUACGAAGCUAUCUUGAACUACGUCAAAGCGCAGGGAGAAAAGAAUUCCACCGUACGCACGCCCUAUAACACAGAGACAGCAUACUUUUGGCGCGAAUCUUCAACAAUCCAAUGGAACCGUGUGGCCCAUAACAUCGUUGGAAACCGCUAUGCCAAAGAUGUCUUGACUUCGGCCAAAUUCUACCUGCAAGUCAACUACGCCUUAGCCAACGCCGCGAUCGCAGGAUGGGACUCGAAGGCAUUCUACAACUCCUGGCGGCCCGUGACUGCGAUCCGCAGAACCGACAUCUGGCUACCCAGUGGCAAGAAUGAGUACAUAUCCACACAUGCGAUUUUCGGCGGGGCCGCGGCUGCAGUCAUCAAGCCCUGGAACAAUGGCAGCGAUACCAUUGAUAUUCUGCAGAGCACGAAUGGGACAGGCGCGGGCAUUGGUGUGAUUAUGAGACGAUACAAGAGUCUCAAACAGGCGGUCAAGGAUAACGGGGAUAGCAGAAUCUUUGGUGGCAUUCAUUUCCAGUUCUCGUCUGAUGUAGGAAAGGCCACGGUGGAGGCUUUUGAGAAGGGGUGGGAUAAGUUUUGAGUGUAAGAGGAUUUAGAGGUUUGAGCGGAAUGACGGGUGAAUUGAUUAUGCGAGCAAUGAAAGAGAUGGGUCAAGUAAAAUGACCACUUCCCCUUGAGUAUGUUUAGCUCGCUGGUUGUCGACAGGUUUUUAUCGUCACUGCCUGACCGUCUGAGAGGAUCCACCAAAGCCCAAGUUUGAAGACAUGCUCCCUUCUCUUCUCUAAACUCACUCCUACGCCACAGCAUAACUCUCGCUAGAUUGUUUCUACUGUGUCCGAUGACGAGAACAAUGAAAAGAUAUGAUGUGAUGAGCGCGAUUCAGAUAAUACAGAUUUGUGAAGACUACUCCGCGCUGCUCACGGGUAUCUAAGAACAUACUACUUGCUGGCAAGCGAUGUGAAUGUAUUCACGACCAGCAUAAUGUGGCUUGCAAAAUCGAACUUCGCU